UCUUCACUUCUUACCACGUUCCUCCUUUGCGUCAUGUUUGUUUUUAAAGAAUUUAAUUUUGCUCUAAUUUUAUAGUUAAUUUUAUUCUUAGUGUUUUGAAAUUUAAGAAAAAAUUGUAGUCAUGCCGCUUUAUAAUUUUAAAAAAAUCACAGUCGUUCCGACUGCUAAAGACUUCGUUAACAUUAUGUUAUCUAAAACCCAAAGAAAAACACCUACAGUUGUUCAUAAACAUUACAAAAUAUCUAGAAUCAGGUCAUUUUACAUGCGUAAAGUGAGAUAUACUCAACAAAAUUUCAAUGAACGGUUAUCCAUGAUAAUACAAGAAUUUCCUAAAUUAGAUAACAUUCAUCCGUUUUAUGCAGACUUAAUGAAUAUUCUUUAUGAUAAAGACCAUUACAAACUGGCCCUUGGUCAACUUAAUCAAGCUAGACAUCUUAUAGAUAACGUUGGAAAAGAUUAUGUGCGUCUCAUGAAGUUUGGAGAUUCGUUAUAUCGUUGUAAAAUGCUUAAACGGGCUGCUCUUGGAAGAAUGGCUACUAUUAUGAAAAGGCAAGCUCCCAAUUUAGUCUAUUUAGAACAAGUUCGUCAACACUUAUCACGUUUGCCUUCAAUUGAUCCUUAUACAAGAACUCUAAUUUUAUGUGGAUUCCCAAAUGUUGGAAAGUCUAGUUUUUUGAAUAAGGUUACAAGAGCAGAUGUCGAAGUACAUUCCUAUGCAUUUACUACAAAAAGUUUGUAUGUAGGACAUACUGAUUAUAAAUAUUUACGCUGGCAAGUAGUAGAUACACCAGGAGUGUUGGAUCAUCCUUUAGAAGAACGUAACGUUAUUGAAAUGCAAGCAGUUACUGCAUUAGCUCAUCUACGUGCAGCUAUUCUUUAUUUUAUUGAUGUUUCUGAACAAUGUGGUCACUCAAUUGCGGAGCAAGUUAAACUUUAUGAGUCUAUCAAACCACUGUUUACUAAUAAGCCAUUAUUAGUUGUCUGUAAUAAAGUUGAUGUCACACCAAUGGAUCAAUUAAGUGAUAAAAGUCGCGAAGCACUAAGCAUAUUUGAAAAAAAUAAUAUUCCAAUUUUGCCAAUGUCUGCAGUUACUGAUGAAGGUGUUAUGGAAGUUAAACAACAGGCAUGUGAUACAUUAUUGGCUUACCGCAUUGAAAACAAAAUUCAAGCAAAAAAAGUUGAUUCUAUUCUUAAUAGAUUGCAUGUUGCUGUACCUAAAACUAGGGAUGAUAAAAUAAGACCUGCCAAUAUACCUGAAACUGUGCUACAAAAGAAACGAUUAGCUGAACUUCAAGAAUUUAAAAAAAAAUUGGAGAAAAAUUUAGAAGAUGAACUUGGAGAUGAUUACAUUUUAGAUUUAAAAAAAAGUUAUGACUUGCCUGACGAAUUUAAAUAUGAUGUGAUACCUGAAUUCUGGAAUGGAAGGAAUAUUGCUGAUUUUAUUCAUGCUGAAUUAUUACAGAAAGUCGAAGAACUUGAAAAAGAAGAAGCUCUCAGAGAAGAAGCAGGAUAUUAUGCUGUCCCUAAAAUAGAAAUUGAUGAGACUUUAAGAGAAAUUAAAGAAUUAGCACAAAAAAUUAGAGAUAGAAAAAUUAUUAAUCGUAACGAAAGUAGAAUAGCACGUCAAUCUAACAAACCUACAACGCCAAGAACAGCUCCAGCACGGGCUCGUGGACGAAGUGCAUCAGACUUCAGAAAUCGUAUGGAAGAUCUUGGUGUUGAUAUGGAAGGAACUGAUAAUGCUCAUUUCACUAAAACUCGAGGACGGGCUCGCUCCUUAUCAAGAUCACAAUCUCGAAUAAAUGCUAAAAAACCACGAUUAGGAUCUAUGCAUCGAUCUGCAUCUACAUCCAGAAGUCAGAGUAGAUUGCCCAGAGACCAAUCUGGUGUUCGUGAUUCAUCUAUGCAAUUAAAAUUGAAGAAAGUAGCACACAAAGCUAUUGCCAAGAAAGUUAAGAAACAAGGUCUUAAAGGGGAAGCAGAUCGAUUUAUUGGAACUAAAAGACCAAGACAUUUGUAUGCAGGAAAAAGGGGUAUCGGAAAAACUGAUAGGCGCUAAAAUAUGUUUGUUUUAUUUAGGUGGACUUUUUUAAGUUAACUAAAAUAUAUAGUUAAAUAUACAUUUUUACAUACUAUAAAUAAUGUUUUCUUCUGACUGCAAUAAAUGUUUUGAAAAAUA